AUGGCUUUCAAAACCGGCUUCAGCGAGCGGCUAGACGAGCUGCGUUUCCCAUCGCCUCGGUCGCCUCCAGUCGACUCUCCGUUCUCCUCUCAUACCCCCCUGUCUCCUCCUGCCAAUAUGAUGUCAGCCUUUUCACGUCCCACCACCGACGUUCGCGCAAACCUCCAGCGCCGAUUCACAACCGAUGCCGGGAAAUUGUCAUCUUGGAGCUUCCUGAACCAGCAACCCACACCUCCAGCUGAUUCUUUGGAUUUGUUGUCUUCGGCAACCCAUAUUCACAAAUCUCAGUUGAUUGAAAAGAAGCGGCAACAUAUCGAGUAUAUGCGCGAACAGAGAAAACGAUUCGAGGCUGAUAUGAAGUUGCUGGAUUUGCAACACGAAAGGGAGAGACAAGAGAUUGACCAAUUAGCUCGCGAUCUUGCGCAAGCAGGUCUAUCUGGCCCAGUCAGUGAGCCAACUACACCACCGGAAUAUCGAGAUGGUGGCUUUCCUUCAGCUUUUGCUCGUCCCACACGUUUCUCUACCUCUAGUGUUACUUCAUCUCCAGGUAUCUUCAACAUUUUCUCACCCUCACAGGUGACCUCACCUCCACCAGCCUCCCAGACCCGAAAUGGCGGUGCUACUGCCAAUGCAAACAGCCAUCGUUUCUCUGUCCAUUCCGUUCCUGGAUCAAGGCGUAAUUCUGAAGAAGAGGAGUACUUCCCAGACUCAGUAGCCACUUACAGGCCAGGUCCUUCCAUACAUCGUUACUCUAUGCCUACUACGAGCCUGGCUGCUCAACUGAAAUCAGUGACAGCAAAUUACAACAGCCCAGCAAUGGAGCCGUUCAACGCUGCUCGACUCCUUUUCGGGGACGAGAAAGGCGGUCCCAAGGACGAGGAUCGUUUGCCUACGCCCGAUAUCAAGAGUUACCUGAAGAUGACUGACCCUGACGACAAAUUUCCUACACUUUCUCACAACUCAGGGCUGCUCUCUGCCAACUCUGAUGCCCUCGAUUUGGCCAAUUCUCGCACCCCAGAACCUUGGAAUUCUCAUCACAACCGUUACAGAUCCAUGCCACAGGGCGAUCUGAACAUGUUCCGCUCAGAUAUUCAGUUUGGAAAUCCCUUGGGAAGCGACACAGCUUCUACACCUCGUCAUGUCGCUCGUCACUCUGUGGAGCUGAACAUGUACCUUGGCAAGCAAGAACCCACUACUCCAACUGCUAGUUCCUCUGCUCGCCCAGUUGCUCUGCAGUCGUCUUAUUCGACUAAUGACCUGCCCACUGUCAAAGGAAAUGGCUUCAACAGCAGUGCUAUAACGCCUCCUAGAACUCAUGCUGAACAAUUUCAUCAGCACAAUGCCAGCCUGGGUCGUAUUCCUGCUGGUGUCACUCGCUCUGCCAAAGAAUCCCCCGAGCGCGAGGAUUCCACUCUUGUUUCCAAUAGCAACCCACAAUCGGGGCUCCAGGCAACUGCUACUCCGUUUGGGCCCCAGCUGGCUUCGGUCUCAGGUCCUUCUCUUGCUGGGCAGAAUGGUUCUUCUGGCCUUACCAACUUUCAACAACAGGGGCAAUUCUACCCCUACGGUGUUCAACCCUACCUGAAUAAUAGCAUGCCUGUUAAUGGUGGAGCAAACCAGAAUUUCGCCGCUCAGGCCCCCUACCCUGGGUUUGGUCAGAACGGUAUGUUCCAGCUACCAAGGGCUGCAGCACGUCCCAAUACUGUUGCACUCAGCCGCAGCGGUGAGAGCGAAGCUCAGCAGGUUUCGCGUUUCAAUAAUCUCCCUUUGGAGCAGUACAGGGGUGAACUUUACGGUUUGUGUAAAGACCAGCAUGGUUGCCGCUAUCUUCAGCGCAAGCUUGAAGAACGCAAUGCCGAUCAUGUUCAAAUGAUCUUCGAGGAAACCCAUAUGCAUGUGGUUGAACUUAUGACCGAUCCUUUUGGCAAUUACCUGUGUCAGAAGCUCCUUGAAUACUCGAACGACGAUCAGCGUACUCGCCUCAUCCACAAUGCAGCACCUCAGUUGGUUCCUAUCGCACUCAACCAACACGGGACUCGAGCACUACAGAAGAUGAUUGAAUUCGUUUCCACCCCACAACAGAUUCGAAUGGUUAUCGACGCUUUGCGUGGUCACGUCGUCGAUUUGGUGCAAGAUCUGAAUGGAAAUCACGUCAUCCAAAAGUGUCUCAACCGCUUGUCGGCCGAAGAUGCCCAAUUCAUUUACGAUGCUGUGGGUGCUCACUGUGUUAUCGUUGGUACUCACCGCCAUGGAUGCUGCGUGUUGCAACGAUGCAUUGAUCAUGCCUCUGGGGAGCAACGUGCUCGUCUGAUUGCACAGAUCACAUCAAAUGCUUUCUCGUUGGUCCAGGACCCAUUUGGUAACUACGUUGUCCAGUACAUACUUGAUCUCUCUGAGCCGCACUUCACCGACCCAUUGUGCCAGAGCUUCUUAGGCAACAUUCCGGCGUUGUCGAAGCAAAAGUUCAGCUCCAAUGUCAUCGAGAAAUGCCUUCGCACUGCUGAGUACCCCAUGCGCUGUCGCAUGAUUGACGAAAUCCUCGUGCCCCGUGAGCUCGAUGCAAUGCUCCGUGACUCUUACGCAAAUUACGUGGUGCAGACUGCAAUGGACUUCGCUGACGCUGACAACCGCAACCGCAUCAUCGAGGCCGUGCGUCCUAUUUUACCUUCAAUUCGUCAAACUCCCCAUGGACGCCGCAUUGCUGGUAAGAUCGCGGGAGCUGAGUCGUCUGGGCGUACCAGUGCCAACCCCAGUGGCCAGGCUACUCCUAAUGACAUGACUUCUGGCCAGCUCCCUGCCUCCAUGCAAGUCCCUCCCAAGCCUUUUAUGCAAUCGCCACAAGGCUCGUUCAACGGCAAUGGAACCGCGACUCAGCAGUUCAAUCCUCAACAGCCACUCGUCUCAACCAACAGCUUCAACGCCGGACCUCCCACAGCUGGCCCACCUGAGGUUUCAAACUUCUCCCACGCACCCAAUCAAGGCCUUCCUCAGAGUCAGGCUUAUGGCAACGUUGGCAAUGGCUUCUACUAA